AUGGGUGAAGAGGCUACACCAGUUGUCGUUGAUAAUGGUUCUGGUAUGGUGAAGGCUGGCGUUGCUGGAGAGGAUGCGCCUUCCCAUGUCUUCCCUUCGAUCAUUGGCCGACCGAAACACGCUGGAAUCAUGGUCGGAAUGGAGCAAAAGGAUUGCUAUGUUGGUGAUGAGGCUCAGUCAAAACGUGGAAUCCUCCAGCUAUCCUAUCCCAUUGCCCAUGGUAUCAUCACAAGCUGGGAUGAUAUGGAGAAGAUCUGGCACCAUACAUUUUACAAUGAACUACGUAUUUCUCCAGAGGAACACCCGGUCCUUCUUACAGAAGCGCCUCUCAAUCCCAAAAGCAACCGUGAAAAGAUGGUCGAUAUGAUGUUCCAAACAUUCAACUGCCCAGCCACCUACGUCUCAAUUCAAGCCGUUCUUUCUCUUUAUUCUUCUGGGCGCACGACUGGAAUAGUCAUGGAUUCUGGUGAUGGAGUUUCCCACACAGUUCCCAUCUAUGAAGGUUACGCUCUUCCUCAUGCUGUGAUGCGCUUGGAUUUAGCUGGACGUGAUUUAACUGAAUUCAUGAUGAAAAUUUUGCACCACCGUGGGCAUUCAUUCUCCACUUCUGCGGAAAAAGAGAUUGUCAGGGACAUCAAAGAAAAGCUUUGUUAUGUGGCACUUGACUACGCUGAAGAAUGCAAGAAGGCCGAAGAGUCAGAUGAACUCGAUAAGACGUAUGAGCUUCCUGAUGGGAAUAUGAUUGUCGUUGGGAAGGAAAGGUUUGAGUGUCCAGAAGGUCUUUUCCAGCCUGCUUUACUGGGUCGUGAAGCCAAGGGCGUCCACUACACAACAUUUGAUUCAAUCAUGAAGUGCGAUGUCGAUAUUCGACGAGAACUCUAUUCGAAUGUCGUUCUGUCUGGAGGAACCACGAUGUAUGAAGGUAUUGGCGAGCGCAUGACAAAAGAGUUGACGGAUCUUGUACCACAAACAAUGCAAGUGAAAGUGAUUGCCCCUCCAGAAAGAAAGUUUUCAGUCUGGAUUGGUGGUUCAAUUCUUUCUUCUCUGUCUACUUUCAAUACAAUGUGGAUCACUCGGGAGGAAUACGAUGAAUCAGGGCCCUCCAUCGUUCACAGAAAGUGCGUCUCUUAG